AUGGCUAUAGAGAAAAAUCUAGAUUCUGAUUCUUCUUUGUUUGAUGCUCUUUACUGUGAAGAAGAAGAAGAAAAAUGGGGUGAAGUUGAAGAAAAAGAGAGUGAAAUCAUUUUCAAUAAUCAUUUUGAUGGCGAAAUUUUUUCUGUUUUUUCGGUGCUGGUAACGGAACAAGAUCUGUUCUGGGAUGAUGAAGAACUUCGAUCUCUGUUCUGCAAAGAAAAGGAAACCUUUUUUGAAUCAAUCAUUAAUGUUGAAAUCGAAUUUUCACUUUGUCUUGCUCGAAAACAGGCCGUGGAAUGGAUCUUGAAAGUGAAUGCUCAUUAUGGAUUUUCAGCAUUAACUGCAAUUCUCGCAGUUAAUUAUCUUGAUAGGUUUCUUUACAGCUUACAUUUUCAGAAAGAUAAGCCAUGGAUGAUUCAACUUGCAGCUGUCACUUGUCUUUCUUUGGCUGCAAAGGUCGAAGAAACCCAUGUUCCUCUCCUCUUAGACCUUCAAGUGGAGAAUGCAAAUUAUGUGUUCGAGUCGAAAACAAUUCAAAGAAUGGAACUUUUGGUGCUUUCUGCACUCAAAUGGAGGAUGAAUCCAGUGACUCCUCUUUCAUUUCUUGAUCAUAUAAUAAGAAGGCUUGGAUUAAAAUCCUAUAUUCACUUGGAGUUUCUAAGGAAAUGUGAAAAUCUCAUCUUCUCUAUUAUGCCUGAUUCAAGAUUCGCACGUUAUUUGCCUUCUGUUGUUGCUACUGCAACCAUGCUUCGCGUUAUACAUCAAGUAGAACUUUACACUGCAGCCAUUGACUACGAAAACCAGCUUCUUGGGAUUCUCCAAAUAAACAUGGAGCAAUUGAACGAUUGCUGUGAGCUUAUUUCAGAGACAUCAAAGACUGGUUCAUUUCUUCAAAAGCGUCGAUUUCGUGAAGUUCCAAGCAGUCCAAAUGGUGUAAUGGAUGCAUUAUCAUUCAGUUCCGAUAGCUCAAACGAUUCAUGGGGAGUGGCAUCGUGCAUUUCUUCGUCGUCUCCUUCGUCGGCUCAUCAGCCACUGUUGAAGAAAAGAAGGGUUCAAGAACAGCAAAUGAAACUGCCAUCACUGAGCAGAGUUUUCGUUGAUGCUGUUGGGAGCCCUCAUUAA